GGCAAUCACAGAGCACCCCGAAGGAUCUGUAAGCCACCAGCCGAAGAAAAUAAAAGCAGCCUGGACCUACGCCUACGAGAUAUAUUUGAUAUUCCAGCUCGUAUUACUACCGUCACUUAACAUCACCUUCGACCCGAAGUGUUAAGCAGAAUGUCCCAACUUCCCAACGGCGCCAUCGCCUUUGGCCCGUCCGCCAAUUGUACGUUGGACAUCUGCCCUCUCGAGGCCAGCAUUCUUCGAUAUCAGCCCUCGAUUCCUGCCAACGGCACCUUCAUCGCUGUUUUCGCACUCGCCAUGGUCCUCCACGCCAUUCAAGGGAUCCGCGCGCACACAUGGGGCUUCCUGGCAUGCAUGAUCAGCGGGUGCAUCCUGGAGGUUGUUGGCUACAUCGGACGAUUGAUUAUUCACGGGAAUCCAUUUGAUUUCAGUGGGUUUCUUAUGCAAAUCAUUUGCGUCACCAUUGCCCCGGUUUUCUUCUGUUCCGCCAUUUACGUCCUGUUAUCACAAGUCAUCAAUCACAUCCACCGAUCGAUUUCGAGAUUUGAUCCACGGUUCUUCUACUGGAUCUUCAUCCCAUGCGAUAUAAUCUCCCUGGUUCUACAAGCGGCCGGCGGGGCCUUAUCGUCCACGGGUGGCACCGAAGCCCAUAUACAAGUGGGGGUUAAUAUCUCAUUAUCAGGCCUCGUCUUCCAAGUCGUAACGCUUGUCGUUUUUUGUGUGUCCUUUGCAGACUACUUGAUUACAUGCAAAAGGACUCCGCCUUGGAAUCACGUCACCAAAAAGAUGACACAGUUUUUGGCAUUCACAUUCCUAUCAACCCUAUUCAUUCUCAUCCGUUGCGUCUAUCGAAUCGUCGAGUUGCACGACGGUUAUUUCAGUCACUUCUUUCGGGAUGAGCCGCUUUUCAUUGCACUUGAAUCUGUGAUUAUGUGCAUCGCCGUAUUUUGCCUUAAUUGCGGCCACCCCGGCAUGGUUUUCGGUGUGCACAAGGGCAAAAGUUCCAGGCACGUACAUUCUAUUUCCAGCAUGGAUACGAUUCGUAUGGAUGAUGCGCAUCACCCGGGUCAUGCGUAAUGGUUCCCUGAAUUUUUGAGAGAUAAAUAGGUAGUGGUAUUAACUUGAGAGCUGGAGCGUUGAUACAAAUAUGGGCACGUGUGGUUUUAAACAAGAGGGGUUUCUAGACGUGGCGUGUUUUAGACAAUUUUCAUUGAGUAUUUAGAUUAGCAUUGCUUUCAGUUAGUAGACUUGUAGUGUCAAUAAUGG